AUGACCACAUCCAGUGCCAACAAUCAGAAAAAUGAGAUAUUCAACUCUCGGAUUUCUGGCGCUCGCUUUUAUGGCUCUACCACUCGCUCGGUUCCCUGCCCAGUGAAAAUUUGCGAAUUCGGUCAGUCUACAUGUGCGACCGGAUAUAAAAAGUGGAAAAACGUCGCCCUGCAGAUGUAUACGACGACAAAAGCCACAGCGAAAACAACCGCCAAAACAAACACUCCAACCACCACUCCAACGACAACCCCGACAACACUUUGCGUUACCCCCAGCAUCCCUCUUCAGUGCACCGUAGCAGGUCUCUGCUGUCUUUCCGGUUGUGAAAGAGACGAUCGGGGUUACCUUGGACUCUACAUAACUGGUGGAUAUAGGGAGAACGGGGAACUUGUCUGGAGCGAUGGCUCUUCGAUGGACUAUUUCGGGCUAGACUCGGCAAGCUGUUUGGCUACCUGCUAUGAGCCGGAUUGUAUGCUUGUGAUAGUCAGCUAUGAUUGUAUCGCAGUGUGCCCAGCAGGCACCUGGUAUGUGGCUCCAAGCCGUGGAGUGGCUCGCUCCUAUGCUGUCUGCAAGAGACGUCCGCCGUGUCUCCUUGCA